AUGUCAAAGGGAAUUCAAAUUGCAAUUGAUAGAGGCGGAACGUUUUGCGACGUGAUCGCUAAAUACCCGGGACGAGAAGAUUACGUCUUCAAGCUACUAUCAGUCGACCCUCAGAACUACAAGGAUGCGCCAACCGAAGGCAUAAGGCGUGUGUUGGAGCAUUUUUCAGGUGAAAAGAUCCCCAGGGACGCCAAGCUCAAAUUGGACCGGAUUCAGAGUAUUCGCAUGGGUACCACUGUGGCCACCAAUGCAUUGUUGGAGAGGAAAGGUGCAAAAGUUCUACUUGUUACCACUAAGGGGUUCAAAGAUGUGUUGGUGAUUGGCAAUCAGACAAGACCCGACAUUUUCGAUUUGACAGCGAAAAAGUUGGGUCAUUUGUAUGAAAAAGUGCUCGAGAUCGAUGAGAGAGUCACCAUUGCCGGAUUUUCAGAAGGAGGCGGUGACAAGUUGAAAGACAAUGAAAGUGAAACAGACCCCAGCUGCAAGUUGGAAAAGGGAGUCACGGGCGACAAAAUCCGAGUUUUGAAAGAGCCAGAUUACCUAGAAGUCGAGAGACAAUUGACUGAAGUUUUCAACCAGGGCGAAAUCAAAACCGUGGCAUUGUCGUUGCUCCAUUCGUACGCUUACCCGGCACACGAGGCGCAAGUUGCUGCCAUUGCCAAAAAAAUAGGCUUUGACGUAUCGGUGUCGCAUGAAUUGCAGCCGAUGUUGGGUUUCGUCAACAGAACAUCGUCAACGGUGGCCGACGCCUAUCUUUCACCAGUGAUAAAUGACUAUGUGCAAAACUUUGGCUCCGGCUUCGAAGGCGGACUCGAGGCAUUUGGGAACAAGCUUCUAUUCAUGCAGUCUAAUGGCGGAUUGUGUCCCUGGUACAAAUUCACGGGAUUAAAAGCUAUUCUCUCUGGCCCAGCAGGUGGCAUGGUUGGCUUUGGUGAGACUUGCUACGAUUCGGUGAGCAAAAAGGCCACAAUUGGAUUCGAUGCCGGUGGCACGUCCACCGAUGUUUCCCGAUACGCGGGCAAUUUGGAGCACAUUUACGAAACUGUCGUUAGCGAGGUAAACCUUCAAACUCCUCAAUUGGACAUCUCAACCGUGGCGGCUGGUGGUGGCUCCAUGCUAUUUUGGAAAAACAACAUGUUUGUCACGGGUCCCGAGUCCGCUGGAUCUGACCCCGGUCCAGCUUGCUACAAAAAAGGUGGACCAUUAACCGUGACAGAUGCCAACUUGUUUUUAGGAAGAUUGGUGCCUGAAAAAUUCCCCAAAAUCUUUGGACCAAAUCAAGAUGAGCCAUUAGAUUGCGAGAUUGUGGCCAAGAAGUUUGAGGAAUUGACGCACCAGAUCAACAAAGACCAAGAGGUGAAAUUGACCCCCGAGGAAGUUGCUAGCGGGUUCUUGAAAGUCGCCGUUGAGUCCAUGGCGCGACCAAUACGGAACUUGACCGAGGCCAAGGGGCACGAUACCGCGCUCCACAAUUUGGCCUCGUUUGGUGGCUCCGGUGGCCAAUUUGCAGUUUCAUUAGCUAAAAACUUGGGCAUUUCCAAUGUUGCCGUGCACAAGUACUCGUCGUUGUUAUCAGCUUACGGGAUCCAAUUGGCCGACAUUGUCAUUGAGAAGCAGUCGCCAGCAUCCUUGACGUAUGCUGAGAAUCACCAUGUCGUGGAUGAAAAGAUUGCUGCAUUGACUGCCGAGGCCGAAAAGGACUAUAAGAGCCAGCACUUAACUGAAUUCAAGACCAAGCUCGACGUAUUUCUCAACAUGAGGUAUGUUGGCAGCGACACCCACUUGUUGAUCCCCACUAAGUACGGCGAGCAUGACGCCGAUGUAAAAUUCAUCGCUAGGCACAAGAGCGAGUAUGGUUUCAAUUUAGACCGUAUGGUGUUGGUUGACGACGUGCAAGUGCUAUUGAUCGUCGAGUCCAAUGACAAGGAGGAGCAUAAUCCUUACCAAGAGUACGCCAAGUUAAAAUCAAAGUCCACCACAGACACUACAACAACCAAGAAGAGUAAAGUUUACUUUGAAGCGGGAGGUUGGACCGAUGCUUCCAUUUACUCACUAUCAGAUUUGGAAGUUGGAUCGACGGUAGCUGCACCAGCCAUCAUCAUCGACGACACCCAAACGCUAUUGAUUGAGCCGGGAUCAAAAGCCGUAAUUUUGACCAAUCAUGUGCUCAUCGAUGUUGCCCACGAGGAGAAACCGCAAUUAUCGAGCACCAGCAUCGACCCCAUCCAAUUAUCCGUCUUUGGACACAGAUUCAUGUCAAUCGCCGAGCAGAUGGGACGCACAUUGCAGCAAACGGCCAUUUCCACCAACAUAAAGGAAAGACUAGAUUUCUCAUGUGCGAUAUUUGACCACAAUGGUGAUUUGAUUGCCAAUGCUCCGCAUAUACCUAUCCACUUGGGCUCGAUGUCGUAUGCUGUCAAGGCGCAAAUGAAGAUUUGGGAGGGGAAAUUGGAGCCAGGCGACGUUUUAGUUUCCAACCACCCAAUUGCCGGUGGGUCUCACUUGCCCGAUAUUACCGUGAUUACCCCAGUUCUCAAUGACAAGAAUGAACCGAUCUUUUGGACGGCAUCGAGGGGACACCAUGCUGAUAUUGGGUCCAUAACUGCAGGUUCCAUGCCUCCCAACUCGAAAACUCUUGAUGAUGAAGGAGCAGCAAUUGUCACGCACAAGUUAUGCCCUAGGGGAGUAUUCGAUGAAGCGGGCAUCACCAAACUCCUCGUCGAUGAGCCGGCGAAGCACCCCGGCGGCUCAGGAACCAGGACCUUGAGCGACAACAUUUCCGACUUGAAAGCACAAGUAGCGGCAAACUACAAAGGUAUCACCUUGCUCCAGCGGUUGAUUGACGAUUUCACCUACGAAGUUGUGCGGUUGUACAUGAGCGGGAUCCAAACCACCGCCGAGAUUGCCGUGCGCAAUUUGCUCAAGCUAGCGUACGAGAAGUUUGGAUCGGGCAAUUUGAAAGGUGUCGAUUACAUCGACGACGGCACGCCGAUUGCAUUAGCGGUGACAAUUGACCCCGAGACGGGCUCGGCCUUGUUUGAUUUCAGCGAGACGGGCGAUGAAAUAUACGGCAACUUGAAUGCGCCAACGGCGAUCCUAUACUCGGCCGUCUUGUACGUUCUCCGAUGCCUCAUCAGCACCGAUAUCCCAUUGAACAAUGGGUGCUUGAAGCCAAUUGAGUUCAAGACGAGGGAAGGCUCAUUGGUGAGCCCGUCGUCGGAUGCAGCUGUCGUCGGAGGCAAUGUGGAAACCACGCAAAGAAUAACCGACGUGAUCCUCAAGACGUUCCAAGCAGCCGCAGGCUCGCAGGGAACUUGCAACAAUCUCACAUUUGGCACCAAUGACAAGGAAAACGGCAUCUCGUUUGGCUAUUACGAGACCAUAUGCGGCGGCUCCGGCGCAGGGCCCACAUGGGAUGGCCAAUCCGUGGUGCAAUGCCACACCACAAACACGAGAAUGACAGAUGUCGAAGUUUUCGAGAAAAGGUACCCCGUGUUGUUGCACGAGUACUCCGUGAGAGAAAAUACCGGAGGCGACGGCCUCCAUAAAGGCGGCAACGGUGUCGUUCGAGACAUUGAGUUCUUGUACCCCUUGGAAGUUUCGUGUUUGAUGGAACGAAGAAGUUUGGCGCCGUAUGGGCUAUUAGGCGGAGAGGAUGGCGCUCGAGGAGUCAAUAGCUGGUUUUACAAGCUUGCUGACGGCGAGUACAGACGAAAAUCGCUCGGGGGCAAGUGCACCGUGAAAGUGAAAGCAGGGGAUAGAAUCGUGAUUCACACGCCCGGAGGAGGUGGAUUUGGGCUGAAGCCAGGCGCCGCUGACGGAGAAGGAAACGACGCAAACGAGGCCAAUGGCGUGAAUUACCCUGUGGAAAGCUCCAAGCCGACGAGGCUCACUGGAUCAGUAGGCAUGAGAACUAUUAUCCAAAACACAAAUUAA